UGCCGAGGCCGAGCGGACCGGAAGCUGUGCUGCUCAGGCUGCCCCUCGGUGUUUUAUCGGAAAUGUUUUUUUUCCUGUUUUUUUGACCCAUUUAAAGUUAAAAUAAUAAGGAAGCAAGGGACGUUCGGAAGGAAGGGUAAAAUGUAGGGAAACGGGAACAUGACUGGUAUGAGCGUCCAAAAUUGCUUCCCCAACAAUGAUCCGUGUGAGGACGGCAGCCCAAAUUGAAGAAUGGCCAGGCUCAGGCGUAAAUCAUGGAUCAUCUUGCUGGCUCUGGUCCUGCUUGUGCUCGUUGUAACAGUGGUCCUCAAGUCCCUCACCCCGGAGGACACAGGCGACACAAGUGAGCCGUCAGUGGGCAGGAUGGACCCCGUCGCCAAAGAGGACAAACCUGAGUGGAGGAAGAUGAGCGAACCCGCUCGGGCAGCCAAGGACCUGAGCAAGUUCCCUCCCCCCAACUACUACCUCCAUGCCUUUUACUACAUCUGGUAUGGGAACCCAAGCUUUGACGGCAAGUACGUCCACUGGAACCAUCCUCACCUGCCUCACUGGGAUGCCAAGGUGGCUGAAAGGUAUCCACAGGGCAGACACAGCCCACCUGAUGAUUUGGGGGCCAACUUUUACCCAGCUCUGGGGGCGUACAGCUCAAGGGACCCGGCUAUCAUUGAAGCACACAUGCAGCAGCUACGUACGGCUGCCAUAGGUGUCAUUGCCGUUUCCUGGUAUCCUCCUCACCUGAAGGACGACAACGGAGAGCCAGUAGACAACAUCAUGCCUUUGCUGCUGGAUGUUGCUCAUCAGUACCACAUUAAGGUGGCUUUUCACAUGGAGCCUUACAAAGGGAGAGAUGAAGUCACGAUGUACGGCAACGUCAAAUACAUCUUUGAAAAGUACGGAGACCACCCUGCGUUCUUCAGGUAUCGCACCAGCACAGGUAAGCUACUUCCGCUCUUCUACGUGUACGACUCGUACCUGGUGAACUCUGAUCAGUGGGCCAAGCUGCUCAAACACACCGAGAGCGACAGCAUCCGCGACACGCCCUACGAUGCCAUCUUCAUUGCCCUUCUGGUGGAGGAGAAGCACAAACUGGAGGUGUUGACGGCCGGAUUCGACGGCGUCUACACCUACUUCGCCACCAAUGGCUUCUCCUAUGGCUCCACCCAGCGCAACUGGGACGCCAUCAAGGCUUUCUGCGAGGACAACAGCCUGAUCUUCAUCCCCAGCGUGGGGCCGGGCUAUAUCGACGUCAGCGUGCGGCCAUGGAACGCCAAGAACACAAGGAACCGCAUCAAUGGCAAAUAUUACGAGACCUCCCUGAGAGCCGCGCUGCAGGCCAAACCUGAUUUCAUUUCUGUGACGUCAUUUAACGAGUGGCACGAGGGCACUCAGAUAGAGAUGGCCGUCCCCAAAACAGGCCAGACUGUUUAUCUGGACUAUUUGCCCAACAGGCCCGCCUUCUAUUUGGAAAUGACCCGCAAGUGGGCCGCCCUGUUUAGUGGUGACCGCAGGAGAUGGCAGGAAUAACACUCACAUGCAUGGCAGAUGAAGACCAUAAAUGCCACACUUAUACACUUUCCUUAGGCUUUGGAUCAAUUUCAGUGUUUGGCAGUGCCGUUUCUAGGGAAAAUAGCGUAACAUCCACAGCAUUGUCGGCAUGUCUAAUCAUCAUUCCUUUGUUCCCCUCACUGGAUUAAUAAAAUAUAUUUAAUCCACUUCACCUCCACAUUGUUUUGUCCUAAUGAAAUCUGGCUUUACUGUCGUCAACAUGCAGCAACAAUGCAGAAUUUAUCCAAAUAACCAUUUUACACCAAUUUAUCCACACAACUACCUGUAAAUAGAAACAAUAGAGCAGAAAAUACUGUACUGAAUAUUAACCAGAUCUGGCCACUGGAUGUCGCUGCUGCAUUGUACUUCAAACAAAACAUUUUUCCAGGAAAAAUGGCUAAUAUUUCAAAAUUUUUAUAUAUUUUUUAUUGUUGAAUACAGAAGAGAUUUUUAUUUCCUGUAUAAUUGAUGCAUAUAUAUAUAUAUAUAUAUAUAUAUUGUGAGGAAGAAAAGCGGUAGAAAAUGAAUGAAUAUACAUACAUAUAUAUAGAUAUAUACAUAUAGGGUUUUUUUUGUUUUUCAUGACAUUUUGACUCCCAAAAAAAAUUACUUAAAAAUAUUUCAAAUGUUCCAGGUAGAAGAGUCUAGUGGGACGUUUUCUGAUUAGAAUUACUUUUCUCUCUUAAAAUUUGUAUUUUAUUUCCCAAAAAUUACAGCUGCAUUUUACCACUACUUCAUCUUUAUUGUAAAUUUUCUUCUCAUAAUAUUAUGACUUUAAUUCCCACAAUAGCUUUUCUCCAAACUAAUUUUCCCAAAAUUAAUUGUUUUGUUUCGCGUAGUAUUAAAACUUAAAUGUAUUUCAACUUCAUGCAAUUAAAAUGCUGUUAUUUGCCCUCAUAGGUUAUUUUCAGAAAAUGUACAACUUUUUCUGUUGGGGUUUUUUGUGUUAAUUUUCCAACUACU